CUUUGAUGAUUGAAGGUAGUAUAUGGGACAUCAACGAGAGUAGUACAGCGCAGGAGAGUAGUACAGCGCAGUUCAGCAUUUCUGCAGUGGGUGACGAGCAAGGGAGGACCGAUGGAGCGCGUCGUCGACGAGGUCGUCCUCAGCAGGGCCGAGAUCACGGACGCCACGGCGGCCACGUUCGCGGACUCCACUGUGCUCCCCGACAGGUAUGCCCGGCCGGACGAGGUCAGGGACGGGGUCGUCGUGGGCGACGACGAGAACUACGAGGUGCCGCUGGUAGACAUGGCGAGGCUGCUCGACCCGGACUCCUCGGAGGCGGAGACGGCCAAGCUCGGCUCUGCGUGUCGAGACUGGGGCUUCUUCCAGCUAACAAACCACGGAGUUGAGGAAUCAGUUGCACAAGACAUGAAAGAUAGCACUACGCAGUUCUUCCGCCUGCCGCUGGACAAGAAGAAAGCAGUGGCCACCAAGGCCGGCGGGUUCGAAGGGUUCGGGCACCACUUCCUCGGAGCAUCCCGCGGGAAGCUGGACUGGGCAGAGAGCCUGGUCCUCAAGACGCAGCUGAUGGAGGAGAGGAGCAUGGAGUUCUGGCCGGCCGAUCCGGCAGCAUUUAGGUCCUCACUGGACAAGUACUCGCUGGAGAUGUCCAAGCUCACGAGCCGGCUCCUGGCGUUCAUGGCGAGCGACCUCGGGGUGGAGCCGGAGGCGCUCGCCGGGGCCUUCCGGGGCAAGAAGCAAACCGUGGCCCUGCAUCACUACCCUCCGUGCCAGCACCCGGACAAGGUGCUGGGCAUCACGCCGCACCACGACGGCCUCGGCCUGACGCUGCUGCUGCACGUGGACGACACCCCCGGCCUGCAGGUGAGGAGGGACGGCAGGUGGUUCCCGCUGGACCCGCUGCCGGGCGCCCUCGUCAUCAACGUCGGCGACAUGCUCCAGAUCCUCACCAACGGCAGAUACAAGAGCCCCGAGCACAGGGUGCUGGCGGACGCCGAGAGAGGCCGGGCGACCGCGGUGGUGUUCCAGGAGGCUUGCGUCGGCGGCAUGGUGAGGCCGCUCCCGGGGCUCGGCGACGCGAGGUACAGAGCUAUCGAGUAUGCUGAGUAUUUCGAGGGGAAUUACACGGCACUGGCUGAAGGGACGAGGUUCGUGGAUAGUCUCCAGAUCAGUGUAACGCAUGACGAGAAGGAAGUCUAAAGACGACGCCAGAAAGACAAGA